AGGUUUCGCUCUAUUUUGGCAGUCGCACAUUUUGCAGUGAUUUUAAGCAGAGAUGCUCGGGUCGCCGGGGACAUGAAUUGACUGCCUCGUAAACCGGAAAUACCCAAUGAUCUGGUUGCGUGAGUCUGAGUGAAGUCAUGUUGUGUAUAAAGAACAUGAUGUCGGAGUUGGUGAAACGUGUCUUUUUGUUUUCGUUGUGCGUGUCACUCUUCGGUGUCAGUGAAGCCAGUGCGAGGAAUGAACGACAAGAUGUCGUAUUUGCCAGUGUCACUAAGCGUGAGGCCUUUGCAAAUUCUCUGGGGUCCUGCGAAACUCCCCCACGUUUUCCGACGACGGAAAGUGGCAAGCCGGGGGAAUGUGUGCCAGUGACUGAUUGUCCCGACCUACUGCAGUUUCUGAAAGGUCCUGAGCGUGACAUUGGAUAUUUGCGAAGAACCAUCUGUCGUCUCAUCGGCUCAACUGCUUACGUUUGUUGUCCCAUACCGCCACCACCACCUGCAACCUUACCUCCAGUUGAACCCUUGGAGAAUGGAGGUUUCUCGAGCGAUCCGGCUGCUACGUCGCGAAGCCUGUUCCCUGAUCCGAAAAAGUACGAAUGCGGGGGCAUUUUAUCAAACAGGAUAGUCAAUGGCGAAGAUGCCCCCCAGGGGGCCUGGCCCUGGAUGGCCCUUCUGUUCUACGAAGUCCAGGGUGGUGCCAUUAAGCAUGGCUGUGGUGGAUCCCUGAUCAACAGCCGGGCUUACGUGAGGCUUGGUGAGCAUGAUUUGAGGACCAAUCCCGACUGCGAUCGGUUCAACGACUGCAGUGAAUACCUCGACUUCGAAGUGGAAGAAAUCAAAGUUCAUCCGAAUUUCACUCAGCAUCCUUACAAAGGAGCGAAAAAUGACAUCGCCUUGAUCCGGUUGAAAAGCGAAGCAAAGGUUCCUCAAGAAAAGUACAAAAUAUCUCCGGUGUGUUUGCCGUUCAACCCAUUGGACGCAGACGCCCAAGGAGAUAAGGCCUUAUCAUCCGCCACGGGCCUUUUUGUGACUGGAUGGGGACGAAUCAGCGUUGAAUUCAAGAAUAACGGAAGCAAUAUCCUUCAGCAGCUGCGGGUUCCGAUAAUCAGUGCGACGAAGUGCCGCGAAACCCCAGCAUUCAGAAGAGUCGAUUUUGGCGCAGAACACUUGUGUGCCGGGGGUGAAGAGGGGAAGGAUUCGUGCAAAGGUGAUAGCGGAGGACCUUUGGUGAUAGGUGGUCAAAAGGACGACACGAGCACGUCGUUUUUCCAAGUCGGGGUCGUCUCAUUUGGGACCCCUUAUUGUGGGUUGAUCCAGGCACCUGGGGUCUAUACGAGAGUUAGCACUUACCUGGAUUGGAUAACGGAUACAGUUCGUGCGUGAUGUGCCAAUUUUGAAAGUGAUCUUGUCUGUGUUUUUUUUUCCUGCUGCUUUGUAUAUUUGUAUGCAAAUUUGAUUUAUGAAGCAUGUUAUGGAAAAGUUAAUCUCUGCGACAACCACGGAAGUGAGAGUUCUUGAAAAGUGCCAAUGCGGUGAUCAUAUUUUGAAAAUGACGAGCAAAAAGAAAGCAUUUAGUGUACCCUUUUCUGACUGAUCUGUGAAUUUAUGAAGUUUUAUCAAAAACAAUGAGUGUUGAAUUUGAAGUCAAACUGACUCAGGAAUGGAGUUUGCAUAUUGAAUCAAUGUCUUGACAAUUUUUCAUCCAUUUGUAAAUUGGAAUGGUACUCUAGUCUUGGGGCAACGCACAUUUUUCUAGAACUAUUUUUACAUAUUCUGGAAACAAAAUCGGUUGUCUUCAAGAAAGAGGUUCGGUCUUGAGAAUCAACCUGGUUUAUCUGUAAUUUUGAGCUUAAGUAAGUAAAAGACCUAUUCCAUGGUUUCAAUGUGAAAGAAUGCUGUAUUUUCUGAUGCUUGAUAAUUUGAGAAUGUGCAAGAUGUUCUAUUUUUUCAACACUGAUGAAAUUAAAUGCUCAAACAUUUACCUCCAUCAAAUA